AUGAAAAAUAGUAAAGCGGUGGGAUCGGAUGGCAUACCUGCAGAAGCCUGGAAGGCUCCUGAUGAGGAAGGAAUUGACAUAUUGUGGCAGUUAAUGAAAAAAAGAUUAUGGAAAAACCUGAGAAGGCAUAUGACAGAGUACCACGUCAGGAAAUAUGGAGAUGUCAGGGAGAGAAGAGUGAUGGAGAAGUAUGUCAGAAUGAUCAGGGAGAUAUAUAGAAAUGUAAAGACCAGCGUCAGAUCUACAGUUGGAAGAACAGAAAAUUUCCAAGUUGGAGUCGGGCUAAAUCAGGGGUCUGCUCUAAGCCCACUUCUGUUCGUCUUGGAUGUGUUAACAGAGGAUGUUAGGGAGGAGCCACCAUGGUGUCUGCUCUAUGUAGGGAAGAACUGGAGGGAAAGCUUGAAAGAUGGAGAUAUGCCUUGGAGAGUAGAGGUUUAA